GUUUUAAACCGACGAAAAAUCGAUUUUUCCAAGAAAAACCGAGUUUUUCCACACCGAAAAUGUCGGUUUCGAGCAACGAUCCGGAGCAGAGGAAUGGACGGGGCAUGGCAAGCGGAAACAACGUGGAUAUGAGCCUAUAUCCUCCGUUUAUUAAGCAGCUCGACGCAAAAUUGCCCGAUUACACACGAGAAGGUGACAUCGAAUAUCCAUUCGAAGAGAUUACGGGUGUCGGAGACGAAAAUAGGAUACGAGGAAAUUGGAGUAACAAGUCGGAUUAUCUGCUAGCAGUAAUUGGUUUCACAGCGGGAGUUGGAAGUUUCUGGAAAUUCCCAUUUCUAGUAUUCCAACAUGGCGGUGCAGCAUUCCUUGUACCAUAUUUAUGUAUGUUAUGCCUCGCCUCACUACCAAUGUUCUUUAUGGAAAUGGUACUUGGACAGUUCUCCUCGUCGGCUGCGAUUAGUGUUUGGAAGGUGGUUCCGUUGUUUAAGGGAAUCGGCUUCGCUCAAGUGACAAUUUCGGGAUUUUUUGCGGUUUUCUUCAAUAUAAUCUCUGCGUGGACACUCUUCUACCUGAUAAAUUCGUUCAGCUUCUCGAUUCCAUGGUCAAAUUGUGCAAAUUCGUGGUCCGGAGAAAACUGUACACUUGGCACCCGAAUCCAGUGUAAAGAGAUGAAUGGGACACUUUUAGUGAAUGGAAGUUGUAUUGUGGAGCACGCGAGCUCCAACGAAACUACAGUAAUCCCACUUCAUGAUCUUGGCUCAAUACCGAGCUUGAAGUAUUUUCACAACGACGUAUUGAUGUUAUCAAAGGGAGUGGACGAUUUUGGAACAUUAAAUUGGUAUCUCGGAUUAUGUGUACUUGCAUGCUGGAUUGCAGUCUUUUUAUGCCUAUUUCAAGGUGUUAAAUCCAGUGGAAAAGUAGUCUACGUGGCCGUGAUAGUACCAUUCAUCAUACUUACAGUACUCCUCACCCGCCUACUCACUUUAGACGGAAGUCUCGCCGCAGUUUUCUAUUUUUUAACGCCGAAAUGGGAAAUACUAAUGGAUUUGCACGUUUGGGGUGAAGCGGCUGUUCAGGCGUUCUAUUCGGUUUCGUGUUGUUCUGGUGGACUAUUUACAAUUGCCAGUUAUUCACGAUUUCAUAAUAAUAUUUAUAAAGACAUCUGGCUCGUGCUCAUCGUUGACGUGAUCGUUUCGCUAGUCGGUUGCCUACUUACCUUCUCUGCAAUCGGAUUCACCUGCUACGAAUUCGCCAUCUCGCUUGACAAAUUCCAUAUCCGAGAUGGUUUCCAUUUGGUCUUCGUAUUCCUAGCAGAAGCGUUAGCCGGUGUAUCAGUUGCUCCACUUUACGCAGGACUAUUCUUCAUUAUGAUUCUGCUCGUUGUCCAUGCAACCCAAAUGUUUGUCGUCGAAACGAUCGUCUCAUCGAUUUGUGAUGAAUAUCCGGAACGUCUUCGUCGAAAUCGUCGCCACGUAUUAACCACUGUCUGUGCUCUCUUCAUUCUGCUCUCUAUUCCAUUUUGUCUCUCAUCUGGGCUCUUCUGGAUGGAGCUUCUCACCCAAUUUGUGCUCACUUGGCCACUGGUUGUCAUUGCAUUUUUAGAGUGUAUGGCUAUUAAUUGGGUAUACGGAGUUGAUAAUAUGCUGGAUAAUGCUAAAUGGAUUGUUGGCUACUGGCCGCCGUGUUAUAUUUUUUGGAAGAUUUUAUUCAAAUUCAUUUGUCCUAUGGUAUAUCUGGCGAUUCUUUGCUUCCUUUGGCUUGAUUGGAACUCAAUUCAAUACGAAUCCUAUCAAUUCCCGUAUUGGUCAAUUCUGACAGCAUGGUGCAUCGCCAGUUUUCCGCUAAUCCUCAUUCCAAUCGUCGGAAUCUGGCAAUUUUGUAUCGCUAAGGGUACAAUUACCCAAAAAUGGUGGAGGGUACUGUACCCGGACGACGCUUGGGGACCCGCGAUGGCAAUACAUCGAGCCGAAAAAUUUCCGCUACAAAUUCCAGAGGCCCGGAGGUUGCUGCUGCCGCCAGAAGUCGAAAUUGCCAGUUCGCGGGGGGUUUUACAGGAAGAAAUGCCAAUGUCCUACGACUACAACACAUCCUCCGCUGCUGACGUCCGCUCAAAUCGAUCAACUGGACAUGGUGCAACCGACGUGCGGAGCGUCGCCGCCACGAACAACACAAUUCCGAAAUUUGAGCGAGAAACUGCGAUCUAGGGGUUUUUUAAGGCACAAAUUCGAAUUCCUCGCCGUUUUUUACCCCUGAAACACGUUUUUAUCAAGUUUUUAGCUCAAUUUUGAAUUUUCCGGGUUACUGUAGCGCCAAAAGUACGCAGAGCCCGCGGUGUUUGCGUACCUGACACCGAAUUUGACGAAAUUGCGCCCAAAUUGGCUGAAAAUCAAGUUGACGAGCAAUUUGAAGGCGCUGAAUUCGAAUUUGAUAAUAAAAAAUUAUGGAAAAAAAUUUGAAAGAAAAUCC